CCCACGAUGCCGCAGCUGGAACCGACGGGGGGGGACGACCUGGGGGCCCCCGACGAGCUCAUCGCCUUCCAGGACGAGGGCGAGGAGCAGGACAAGGGCGCGGGGCGCGGCUCGGCCCACGGGGACCUGGACGAGCUCAAGUCCUCGCUGGUCAGCGAAACCGAGAACCGCGGGGGCCCCGGCCCCGGGGGCGGCCCCGGCCCCGAGGCGGAGCGGCCCCCGCCGCCCCGGGAAAGUUUCCAGAAGCCGCGGGACUCUCUGGCAGAAGUGGUCAGACGACAACAAGAUGGGGUUUUUUUUAAGGGCCCCCCCUAUCCUGGCUACCCCUUCCUGAUGCUCCCCGAGUUGGGUAGCCCCUACCUCGCCAACGGAGCCCUCUCCCCCGCCUCCCGAAAUGGCCUCGAAAUGAGAAUCAGCCUUUUAUCCCCCAAACCUUCCCCCGCUGCUGCCUCUCUGCCUGUCCCGUCCCCAUCCCCUCCCCAUCCCCUCUCCAACAAGGUCCCGGUGGUGCAGCACGGCCAUCACAUGCACCCGCUGACGCCGCUCAUCACCUACAGCAACGACCCCUUCCCGCCGGGGUCCCCGCCUGGCCACCUCUCCCCGGAGAUCGACCCCAAGACGGGGAUCCCGCGGCCGCCGCACCCCCCCGAGCUGCCCCCCUACUACCCGCUGUCCCCCGGAGCUGUGGGGCAGCUCCCACACCCCCUGGGCUGGCUCGUGCCACAGCAAGGACAGCCCGUGUACUCCAUCCCUCCCGGUGGCUUCCGGCACCCGUAUCCCGCCCUCGCCAUGAAUGCCUCCAUGUCCAGUUUGAUGUCCAGCCGCUUCUCCCCACACAUGGUCCCACCGCCCACCCACGGGCUGCACCCCUCGGGCAUCCCACACCCCACCAUUGUCUCACCCAUCGUCAAGCAGGAGCCCACCCAGCCCAGCGCCAGCCCUGGAGGCAGCUCGAAAUCCCCUGUGGCAGUGAAGAAGGAGGAGGAGAAGAAGCCCCACAUCAAGAAGCCGCUCAACGCCUUCAUGCUGUACAUGAAGGAGAUGAGGGCCAAGGUGGUGGCUGAGUGCACGCUGAAGGAGAGCGCUGCCAUCAACCAGAUCCUGGGCCGGCGGUGGCACUCGCUGUCGCGGGAGGAACAGGCCAAGUACUACGAGCUGGCGCGGAAGGAGCGGCAGCUGCACUCGCAGCUCUACCCGACCUGGUCGGCGCGGGACAACUACGGCAAGAAAAAGAAGCGGAAGCGCGAGAAGCUGGUGCAGCAGCAGAGCCACGACACGGACAGCUCCCUGCCCUCCAAGAGCAAGAAGCCGUGCGUGCCAUACCUGCCACCUGAGAAGCCGUGUGCCAGCCCGGCCUCGUCCCAUGGCAGCAUGCUGGACUCGCCCGCCACACCCUCGGCCGCGCUGGCCUCGCCCGCCGCGCCGGCCCCCACCCACUCGGAACAGGCCCAGCCGCUCUCGCUCACCACCAAGCCAGAGGCCAGGGCUCAGCUCGCUGUGCAUUCCACCGUCCUCUCCAGCAAAGCCUCCUCCUCUUCCUCCUCCUCCUCCUCCUCCUCCUCCUCCUCCUCCUCCAGCCUCAGCGGCCCACCCUCGCUCCUUUCCAGACCCAUCCCCUUCCCCUCAGUGCCCCCCACGGCUCUCCUCUCCUCGCCCUCUGCCUCUAUCCCGGCUGCCUUGGCCGUGCUGCAGACGCAGCCCCUUUCCCUCGUCACCAAACCUGCUGACUAAGGGAAAAACCUCAUCCCCCCUCAUCCCCUUCACCCGUCCCUUCCCCGCUGUACAUUGCAGAAGCCACAAUCAAGAUUCAAAUGCAGCCAAAACCAUUAUUGGUCAAUAUUUGACCCUUUCUGAACUUUUUGGAAGCAGACUCUGGAGGAAGGUGCUUUCUACUCAGAGCUGCUGCCAGCAGUCGACCUAAAGACUGUUUUUAUUAAAAAAAUGGAAAAAAAGGAAAAAAAAAUUAAAUAGACCCUCCACAAGCUGCCGACGAUGGGAAUCUCCGUGGGAUGAGCCAAUUGCCCGUUGCUGCUGUGGGGCACAGGGAUGGCACUGGCACGGUGAUGCCAGCACUGAACACGAUGAGUGCUGUGCUGGAGCUGGCAUUCCGUCCUGGAUCCAAGAGCAGGAAUGCCUCUACCUGCUCCUGAACCCUCCCAUCCUGUGGCUCUGCUCUCAUCCCCGGCUCCCACCUUCGCUCUGUCCUGGCAAGGAGCUGGAUCCUGUCCUGGGGGUGCUGCUCCAUCGGUGCUGCUUCUGCCUGCGGUCGUGCCGGGGUGGGCAGGGUCUGGGGCUGAGCCCUGGGGGGGUUGUGUUUUUAUCACCUCGAAAUCCUGUUAUUUUUCACAAAAGGAAAUAAAAC